AUGGACGACAACGAGGCCAACUAUUAUCAACAUGAGGAUCAUGACGAAGAAGAAAACUCGUCAGAGGGCGAGGGAGUGACGACAGGCUUCAAUCAUGGCAACGCAGGUCGCGGUGGUGGCAUUGGCAAUUCGAGCGAUGAGGAUGACGACGACGAAGAAGAAGACGAAGACGAGGAAGAAGCACGUAAAAUUGCUGAAGGAUUCAUUGUCGAUGACGACGAGGAACAAGAAGAAGAUCAGGACUCGGAUGGGUCACAGCGUGUGUCAAUGCGUCGAAGAAAACGAAAAAAGAUUCAAGAGUACGACGAAGAACUCGAUGAGGAAGAUUUGGAUCUCCUGGAAGAGAACACGGGCUUAAAGUUAUCGAGGAGAGAGCCCAAAUUGAAGCGUUUAAAACGUGGACGACAAAUUGAACCUGAAGAAGAGAUGCAAGAACCCUCAGUGGACAAGUUCUUUUCAGAUGAGGAAGCUGAACCAGUGGGUGCAGCGGGUGCUGAAGAAGCUCCUAUGGAAGAGGAGGAUACCUAUGCAACUCAUGCUGCGUACCGACGACAAGCGGUUUACGAUGAUAUCAAUGAUUUCAUUGCCGAUGAGGAUGAAGAAGAGAUGAUGGAAGAUGAUGAACGUCAGCACGAUUAUAUGCAUGAGGCACCAACACGUCGCCGAGCUGCCAAGGAAAUGAUGGGCAUUUUACCCGAAGGUCUCGAUGAAGAUGUGUUGGCGGAUAUGUAUGAUAUUUUUGGCGAUGGUACGGACUAUGAUUGGGCAUUGUUUGAGGAAGAGGGCGAAGAGUAUACCGAGCAACCUGAACCCAAGUUGGCUGAUGUCUUUGAACCAAGCGAAUUGAAAGCGAAGAUGCUUACUGAGGAGGAUGAUGAAGUGCGUUUACGAGAUAUUCCUGAGCGUAUGCAAAUUCGUUAUGCUGGUAUGCGCAAGAACUUUGAUACAACGCCUUCCGAUGAGGAGAUUGAAGCUGAAGCAUCCUGGGUGUUCCGUGAACUUGUGAUGAUCAAGCAACUUAUUCAGCCUAGCGACAGCCUUCUUGAAGCUGUCAAAUCCGUUAUCGGUUUCAUCACACGUGAAUAUCUUGAAGUGCCAUUCAUUGCCGAUCAUCGACGCGACUACUUUACCGAAAUGGAUCCUGUAUCAGGCAUCACGACCGAGUUGUUGACGAAGGAUGACUUGUGGAAGAUUUACGAUUUGGAUUUCAAAUAUCAGAGCUUCGCCAAUCGAAAGAAAGCAUUGCGGGAGAUGAUUUCACGAUCCAUGAUCAAUGACGACUAUGUCAGCAAGCUUCUUGACAGCGCUGAACGUCUUGAUGAUCUUAAUGAUAUUUCCGACUAUGUCUAUUACCACUUUGCUGAACAGAUCAACAACUUCCAAAAGCAAUCAAGAGGUCCCAAACGCCCUAUGAACAAGUCGUUGUAUGAGAAAAGUUUAAAGAGCAAGCUGGGUGAUUUCCUUUCGCGUUUCAGCAUUCAAUCCUGGCAGUAUGGUGCCAACUACCUUGAGAAUACCCGCCGGUACUUUCCUGAAGACGAGAUUGCAUCACCUGAAGAAGAAGCACAAAACUACACGAGCUCUUCAGGAUUUUCUGAUCCCUCCAGGGUGUUACGGGCUGCAAAACUUGUAUUGGCCAGUGAGGUAGCUCAUGAUCCACAAACAAGAAAGGCGAUGCGUCGUGAUUUGGAUACCAGAGCCGUUGUCAGUGUAAAGCCAACAGAACGUGGCUUCACCAUUAUUGAUGAAUUGCAUCCCUUACAUCCAUUCAAAUUCUUGCAUGAGAAGCCUAUUGGUAGCUUCCAAAAUGGCGAGUUUCUUCAAUUGUUACAAGCUGAAUCAGAUGGGUUCCUUACGAUCAAUGUGGGUGUGGCCAAUUAUCAAGGCUGGUUUGAGCAAAUUGCCGAAUUCUACAUGUCGGAUGGUUUCAGUGAUUCAGUACAACAAUGGAAUCGGCACCGCCAAGAUGUCAUUCGAAUGGCUGUGGAUGAUCAUUUGCUUCCUCAAAUGGAAAAGUACAUCCGAGAAAAGUUGCGAAUGGAAUCACAAGAAACGAUUUGUGAGGCAUCCUAUCAGACAUUGAUGAGCAAGGUGAAUGUGGGUCCUUUCCGUGGUCGAGAUUCUGAUCGAUACAAGAAUGGUAUCCCACGUGUGAUUGCCGUGUCUUCUGGUAACGGUGACUACAAGGAUCCCAUCAUGGCUGUGUGCUUGAAUCAUCGAGGACGAAUGAUCGACAAGAUUGAGAUUCCUACUUUCCGUGAUGAAAAGAGCUGGAAACAAUUGGUGGAUUUUGUAAAGACGAAGCGUCCUAAUGUUGUUGGUGUUGCUGGAUUCAAUGCUCAGGCUCAUCACGUGCUCAAGCACAUGCAACGGUUGAUCAGUGAAGUCAAUGGCACCCUCGAAUCAGGCACGCCACCUAUUGACCUAGUGGCUGUGGAUGAUGAGACCUCACGUUUGUACAAGAAUUCAAAACGUGCGCAUGAUGAAUAUGGAGAAUACGCUGAGGUGACACGUUACUGUAUCAGCUUGGCACGUCGUCUCCAAUGCCCUAUCCUCGAAUACACAAGUCUCGGCUCUGAUUUACUUGCUCUUCAUUUCCACAAGUUUGAUAGCUUGGUGCCUGCUGAAGUUCGCCAUCACUAUCUUGAACGGGCCUUGAUCAAUGUUGUUAACGACAUGGGUGUUGAUAUCAAUGCAGCUGCUACCAAUCCAUACAUUGCCAGUGCAUUGCCACAUGUAUGUGGUUUAGGUCCAAGAAAGGCACAAAAUAUACUACGCAAGAUUGAAGCUAGGGGCGAGCUUGAAAGCCGAUCAGCACUUGUUACACGAGGAAUGACACCCGCCAUUACAUUUAUGAAUUGUGCCAGCUAUUUGCGGAUACGAGAUGUGGAUGAUGCUGAUAUUUUGGAUGAUACGCGAAUUCACCCACAAGAAUAUGAUCUUGCUCGUAAGAUGGCAGGUGAUGCGCUCGAGAUUGAUGAGGAUGACAUGGAUGAUUACGACACCAAGGUGGCCAUUGUGCGACGUGUCGUCAAAGAAUACCCCAAGAAAUUGAAUGACUUGAUUCUCGACGAUUAUGCAACUGUAUUGCGUGAGCAGUAUCGUGCGCCAAAGCGACAAAUCUUGGAACACAUCAAACUUGAGUUACAAGGCCCUUAUCAUGAUCGACGCAAUCGAUACACACGACCUACGUUGGAAGAGACCUUUACCAUGGUUACGGGUGAGACCCCAGAGACGCUUCGAGAAGGAUUCAUUGUACCUGUCAAGAUUCAGCAGUUACGUGGCAAGAUGGCAAUUUGUUUGUUAUCCAAUGGACUCGAAGGCAUGCUGUAUAUCGACAAUGUAUCGGACACACGCGUGAUGAGUGUUGGAGAUGUAUUGGAGCAAGGAUCCACAGUGAAUGCAAAGGUGCUUCAUAUUGACAAGGAGAAGUUUGUUGUGGAUAUGUCGUGCAAGGAAUCGGAUACUAGGCCGGAUGGCGAUUUAGAAUUGCGUCGUGUACCCAAUGAUCAAUACUAUGACCUCACAGCCGAAGCCGCCGAAAUUAACCGGAGGAAUGCAUUGCUCAAGAAAAAGACGCGUGUUCAACGUACGGUCAACCAUCCUCUCUUCCGCCCCUUCAAUUAUUCGCAGGCUGAAGAAUAUCUUGCUGAUCGUCAACGAGGUGAUUUGGUGAUCCGUCCAUCCUCAAGAGGUGCUGAUCACAUUGCGAUCACGUGGAAAGUGGAUGACAACAUGUAUCAGCACAUUGAUGUGGUGGAGGUGCGCAAAGACAAUUCGGCAUUUGCCCCUGUGCAAUACAAGGUGAAUGAUCAAAUCUUUGACGAUCUGGAUCAGUUGAUUGUCACCUAUGUUGAAGCUAUUGCAGCCAAGGCAGAGGAAUUGAUUGCUCAUCCAAAAUACCGAUCAGGUGGCGUUCAAGCAUUGCAAUCCCAUCUUUCAGCUCUUACUAUGGCCAACCCACGAAUGUCAGCAUACGGCUUUUGCCUAAGCGACAAGCCUGGAUACUUUGAACUCGGCUUCAAGUUAAAUGCCAAAUCACAACCAGCUCGUUGGAUGGUGAAGCUUUUACCUGAUGGAUAUCGAUUGAGAGAUACUUCUUAUCCUGUGGUGAGCGAUUUGAUUAAUGGAUUCAAGCGAAUUCAGUCAACCGAGGCACAAAAACGUCGACAGCGACAACAACAACAACAACAUCAACAUCAUGCACCGCCACCUUCACACCACCAUCACCACCAUCAUCAUCAUCAUUCAGGUUACCGACGAUAG